UAAAAUUCAUAAUGAAUCAAGUACGUGCGAAAUGUCAUGUAUUUGUUUUUUUUUUGUUUUUGUUUUUUUUUUUUAUUGAAGUUAGGAAUCCCGGAUGAUAACGUUAUUAGAAACGCAAAUGCUGCUUCUUUUUUUUUUUGCUCUCCAAUAACUUUCCGAUAAAUUCUUGUUAAUUGGUUGAUAAAAGUUGACGCACAGACGAAACGCGUUUUGCGUCAGUUUGCACGGAUCCCCCUUGGCGACGAUGUAAACAAAUCAACUGAAACAAAUGAAUGCGAAACAGUUUCUUGGCAUCUUCGAUUCGAAGGAGAGUGUGAACAAAGUUAAGGGCAUUCCCACACGCACGUCUCCACUUCCGGCACGUUGAUUAAGAUGAAAUCGCAGUAACCUUGGAAAUUGAACGACCGCUCAAUAUGCACCAUCACUUUUGCUUUUGAACGUCAAAAGGAGUCGUGUUUUCGCGUGCGUUCAAUGCACAUGUGUGUGCAAAAACAACAACAAAAAAGAUUCCAUCAAAUUAGAAAGUAUUGCGUAUCCCAGUUUUGUGAGAUCAAUCGAUAUUCGGUGAGGAUCUUGUAGUUGCGUUUCGCUCCGUUCUUUUGUCCUCGCGUUAAUCACGUCGUCGUAGUCGUUCUUGUUGUUGUUUACAAAAAUUGCGUUUGUUUUCGUUUUUUUUGUGGAUCGAGGAGUGCCGCAACAGCAGUCGUUGAUCGGCGGCGGUUGUUUGUUGUUUUCUGUCACGGGCUCGGGCGGCGACAUAACCUAGAAAGCGUUGCGUUAUUAUCGGAAAUGAUAAGGGAGUAGUGAAAAUCCGCUGUCAACGGGAAGCAAUAAUAAAUUAAUAUCAGAGAGGGAUGGAGUUGUAGAAGGAAGAAUUUGAUCUUCGUAAACGAAGUGCGUUUUAGCACUUGUGGAUGAACAAAAUCAAUAGUUCGCUGAUGAACAGGAAGAUGGACUCGCUCGCCAUGAAGGUGGCCAACCAGUGCAAAAGUCCCAUCAUCUUGGAUUCGAUAGAUUACCCUGCGGAGAGCGCGAGCGGUGAUACCAACGCCUCCGACCUGAAGUCCCUGAACAUCCACGGAGAAGCCGUCGAAGUAUCGAAGAAGCCCAGUUUCUUGCUGAUCGACGAGAACGAAACGUUGCGCGUCGGCAGCGUUGAGCAAUUCUUGAAAUGCUUGAAGAUCGUGGACGAUACGCAGAAGGUGAAAGUCGUUGCGAUCUUCGGAAACACGGGCGAAGGAAAGUCUUACACUUUGAAUCAGAUCUUCUUCGAUGGUCGCGAAGUGUUUCAAACAAGCGCCGAACAGUCGUCGUGCACGAUGGGCGUCUGGGCCGCCUACGAUCCCAACUUGAAGAUCAUCGCUUUGGAUACGGAAGGUCUUUUAGGUGUCACCAAGAAGGAGAGUCAAAGAACGAGGCUUCUGUUGAAGAUCCUCGCUGUAUCUGAUGUCAUUAUAUACAGAACGCGCACGGAGCGUCUUCAAAGAGAUAUGUACACUUUCCUCGGCGGAGCUUCGAAGGCUUACAAGAAUCACUUCCAAGCCGCCAUCCAGCAAGCCUGGGAAAAAUCCGAGCUGGAGCUACCACCCACCGGUGUCGGUCCGAGCGUCAUCAUAUUCCAUGAGACCAUCCACACGAACACUCUGCAAUCCUGCGCCAGCGUCACUGAAUCCGCCGAAGACAUCCUCAGGUGUCGCUUCGCUGAACUCAAGUUGGAAUGCGAUUCCUUCAGCUCAUUCAAGUACAUCGGCGUUCAGAGCAAAGGUAAAAAGACGUCUUUCGCCGAACUGAAGAACGCUCUUCACAUGGUUCUUGAAAACACAACAGUUCGUUCCAAGAGGAAACCGAGCAUCAUCUAUCUCACCUUAAAGGGUUUGAAUGAUAAAUUUAGCAAUGAAAUAAAGAACACGCCGCCGCAUCUCUAUCUGAAGGAGUAUUUCACGUGCCAAGUCAAGUGCCAGGCGUGCAACGAAGGAUGCAAACUUUCCAUGGGUCACAAGGCCGAAGGAGAGCCGCACUUCAGCGAUGGAAUGUGCAAGUAUCAGCGUCAAUUCCAAAAUCGCAUCUACCUGUGCAAAAAAUGUUACACAAACGGAGAUCGCGUUGUGGUCAAAUGCCGUACGGUGUCUGAGAGCACCUGGACCAGCCUGAUCAACUACGUCUGGUCGGGAUCCGUUAUUGAAUGCAAGAACUGCAGCGAGAUCUACCGAAGUCGGCAACAUUGGUACGGAAACAAGGGUCCCGAGGAACACGCUGUCAUCUCGGAACCGGUGCACGUGUGGCCAGGGGAGGAUUGCAUUUUUCAGGAACCGAACUUCCUCGGCUCCCACAACUCGGCGCAACGCGUCCUCGACGGCGUCAACAUGAUCUCCGACGCCGUCGUCUCCGUCACGUCGCAACCCACCAAGGUCAUAACCGAUUGGGUCACCGAUAAAAUCGCACCAACCUAUUGGGUUCCAAAUCAUGAAAUUACACAUUGCCACAAGUGCGAAAUUCCGCUGUUGACUAAUUCAACGAAACACCAUUGCCGCGAAUGCGGCGAAGGUUUCUGUGAUAAAUGCUCGUCGAGGAUGCAACCUGUACCUUCGAGAGGAUGGACGUACAACGUUCGCGUGUGCGAUAACUGUUACAAAGAGGAAGUGCCGAGUCUGUCGAGCGCAAUGGAUGAUACGGAUGUCCGGGUCCGGAAGUACGGUGAGGCCGUCGUCAGUUCCAUAACCGCUGUUGCGUCAGUGCUGGAAAUACCAAAAGGUAUAAUUAAAGAAAAUGCAAGACCGACGUACUGGACACCGGACAACGAAUGCCACAAGUGCGAGGUGUGCAACAGAAAGUUCUGCACGUUGUUGUUGCGUCACCAUUGCAGGGAUUGCGGGAAGGGCGUCUGCGACGAUUGCUCAAAUACCAAGAAACCCGUCCCACUGAGAGGCUGGUACGAGCCAGUGCGAGUUUGUGAUAAUUGUCUCAAAAAAUGAUCGUUCGCAUUGCAAAAUUUUAUAUAUUUACAGAAAUACUUAUAUUUAUAAUUACUGUACGAAACAAAAGCAGAGAAUGAAAGAUGUAUGUAUAUAUAUAUAUAUUUAUCAACAAAAAAAGAAAUAUAUAUAUAUAAAAAAAAAAAGAGAAUAAGAUGAGGAGAAAUAGACAGAAAGAAUUAUAUAGGAGACAAAAAAAAAGGAGAGAUUUGUAACAAGUUGUACAAUUCUUUUUUUGCUAUAUAAUUACAUGUUAUAAUUCGUGUUUCUCUUUGUGCGUAUUUUAUAUGACUAUUACUAUAUGAU